GUUCUGGUGAGGAGGGGUGAGAAGUGAGAUUCGCUUGCUUCACAUCGAAUCGAAACACAGCUUCACGUCCGUUUCUAAAAAACAAACAAACGAACAAUUGAAUAUUGAGAGAGCUUUAAACCUCUCUACUUAUCUUUCUCAUCAAGCAAUUGUUUCUCAAAAUCACGACCAUUAGAUCUCAAAAUCUUCACUUGAGCUUCCACAACAAUGUCUUCCCCUGCAGAAUUCUACAAUUCGCUUCCGCCUGUAAGCAAGACUUAUGGGACCCUGUGUUUGCUCUUCACUACUGCAUUUCAGUUUGGACUGUAUAAUCCUAAACAUAUUGCAUUGUUUUAUCCGCUAGUGUUCUCACGGUUUGAGGUAUGGAGGCUGAUUACCAACUUCUUUUUCCUCGGAAAAUUUUCCAUCAAUUUUGGAAUCCGGCUUUUAAUGAUAGCAAGAUAUGGAGUCCAAUUGGAGAAUGGACCAUUUCAAAGGCGUACGGCAGAUUUCUUAUGGAUGAUGAUGUUUGGAGCCUUCACAUUAUUGGCAUUAUCUGCCAUCCCCUGGUUCUGGUCACCCUUUUUAGGAGUGUCUCUGGUCUUCAUGCUUCUUUACGUCUGGAGUAGAGAAUUCCCGAAUGCCAAUAUCAACAUUUAUGGUCUUGUGUCUCUCAAGGCAUUUUAUUUACCUUGGGCGAUGCUUGCUUUGGAUGUUAUUUUUGGCUCAGAACUUAUGCCAGAUCUGUUGGGAAUCAUUGCCGGGCAUCUGUAUUACUUCCUGACUGUGUUGCAUCCACUUGCUAGUGGGAAAAACAUACUGAAGACUCCAAAGUGGGUACAUAAACUUGUCACAAAGUGGGGGAUUGGAGCUCCAGCAAAUAUUCAGGCACAGCCAGACAGGACUACCGGAGUGACUUUCAGAGGGAGAUCCUAUCGACUCGGGCGAUGAUGAUGAUGAUGUCACUCUUCCCUCACUCUUUUACAGGAAUGGGACAUUUGUUGUUAUAUCUCAAAUUUCAAUCUGACAUUUCCCAGAGAAGGCCAUUAACAAGAGCCAAAUUAUAAUGAUGCUGGGACAGAAGAUUAUUUCUCACUUGUGAAUACUGACAGUAGGCAAGCACACCAGAUUUUCUUUGUUAAUUUUCAGCAUAAUGUGUAUAUGAUGAAUUUGAAUCAUGGAUUGGGAGUAAGCUACUGAUACUUUUUUUGGUUUUUUUAAAGGCUUUGAAUGAGUGCUUAGCUUAGCUUGACUGGGGGAAAAACAUAUGACCUAAAGCCUUAACAGGCAUCAAAGAAACAAGUACAAGAAUCUUAAUUGUGUCA